AUGGCGCUCUGGUGGGCUGUGGCCAUUGCUGUCAUCUGCCUUGGUGGCCUCGUGUCCCCAGGCCCCGUGCCUCCCCCCCCGUCCCUCAGGGAGCUCAUUGAGGAGCUGGUCAACAUCACACACAACCAGAAGGCUCCGCUCUGCAAUGGCACCAUGGUGUGGAGUGUCAACCUAACAGCCGGCGUGUACUGUGCAGCCCUGGAGUCCCUCAUCAACGUCUCUGGCUGUAACACCAUCCAAAGGACCCAGCGGAUGCUGAGCGCACUCUGCACAGACAAGGCCAUGGCCAAGCAGGUUGCCAGCUUGCAAGCGCGAGACACCAAAAUCGAACUGCUGCAGUUCCUGAAUGAGCUGCGCAGGUAUCUGCAGAGCCUGUAUCGCCUGGGGAAGUUCCGCUGA